GAUCGACGCCGCUCAAACUGCUGUGCGCUCUCUCCGUCCAACCGGAGGAUCCGUCCGGGCGCGACGGAGAAGAAUGAGGUCUUCGUCUGCUUAGCAACCCGUCCCUGUAAAAGAUGGUUCAGCGAAGGUCCUCUGUGAUUAUUCCUCCUCCUCUGGUUAUGGUUGCACACAACAAGCAGUCAGGAAUGCCCUCCUUCUCCUGCCUAUGACAUGGUUUAAGUCACGUAUGAUCCGGUCACCGUGAUGGCCUCCAUGGUUGCCAAUGGAAACCGAGACGGGCAGUCUCUGGUCUUGAAAGGGGUGGAUCCAGAGACCUGCAUGAUUGUUUUCAAGAACCACUGGGCUCAGGUGGUGAAGAUCCUUGAAAAGCAUGAUCCUCUGCGCAGCAGUUCCACCCUUCCCUCCCUGAGUGUCAUCAACCUCAGCACUGGCUCUAGCGGCGGCCCUCGUUUUGGCCCCAUCCCCGGAGAUGAGGCGAGUGCAGUGCAGAACUACGUGGAACACAUGCUGUUCCUGCUGAUGGAGGAGGAGAGCGGUCAGGCCGGCGCUAUGGGCCCCAUCCUGGAGUUUGUGGUGAUGGAGAACGUGAUGGAACGACUCUUUGUGUGGAGCCUCCGCAGGGAGUUCACAGACGACAUGAAGCUGGAGCAGCUGAAGAUGUACGAGAUGCUGGUGGGGCAGGCGCACCAGCCGCUGCUGCAUCACAAACCCAUCCUGAGGCCGCUCAUGAUGCUGCUGUCGUCCUGCUCGGGCACGGCAGCGCCUGCCGUUGAAGCUGAGCUGGUGCUGCUGCUCAACCAGCUGUGCUGCGUUCUGGCAAAGGACCCUUCAAUUCUGGAGCUGUUUUUCCACACCAGCGAGGAUCAGGGAGCCACCAACUUCCUCAUCUUCUCCCUCCUCAUCCCAUUCAUACACAGGGAGGGCACAGUGGGCCAGCAGGCCAGAGAUGCUCUGCUGCUCAUUAUGUCGUUGUCUGCUGAGAACGAGCGAGUGGCCAAACACGUCGCAGAGAACACCUACUUCUGCCCGGUGCUGGCCACAGGGCUGAGCGGCUUGUACUCAUCUCUCCCCACCAAGCUGGAGGUUCCCAAUGAGGAGUGGCACUGCCUCCACAAAGAGGACUGGCUCCAGUUGCCGUCCCUCGUCCAGUUUCUCAAUUCCCUGGAAUUCUGCAACGCGGUUAUUCAGGUGGCCCACCCUGAUAUCAGAGACCAGCUGGUUAGUUACAUCUACAACGGAUUCCUCGUGCCUGUCCUAGCACCAGCUCUUCACAAGCUGACCCUAGAGGAGGUGAUGACCACCACAGCAUACCUUGACCUCUUCCUGAGAAGUGUUUCUGAGCCGGCCCUGCUGCAGACGUUCCUCUCCUUCAUCCUCCUCCACCGCCACGAGAGUGUCCACAUCUUAGACACUCUGGUCAGCCGCAUCAACACCCCCUUUCAGCUGGGCACUGUGUCGCUGGCACUCUUCCGCACUCUCAUUGGCUUAUACUGUGAAGAUGUGAUGCUGCAGCUCAUACUGAGGUACCUGAUCCCCUGUAAUCACAUGAUGUUGAGUCAGAGACGUGUGGUGAGGGAGAGGGACUGCUACUCGGUGUCAGCGGCCAAGAUCCUGGCAUUAACACCGUCCUGCUGCUCCCCUGAUCACAGCCCCCCGCCCCUCCGACAGCUAGACUCCAUCCUCUUUUCUAAGGGUGCAGAGACUGCCAAUAACACCGACACCACAGGGGAAAAAGAGAGCUUCCCAGAAGAGGCUGAUGACAACUCCUGCACCAUUGGGUCAGAAAUCUACCUUGACGUCAGUUACCUUCAUUACCUCGGUGAUGCCCACCUGAGCAUCAGGAGCUGCAUGCAGGCCUGCCGGGUUUGGUCAGCCCCAUAUGACGGCGAGGACCCCCCUCCUGAGAAAUACCAGCCCGGCGUCCUUGAGGAGGCCGGGCUCAAGAGUCGACAAACCCAGAUAGUACUCAAGAGAGUUCCCCAGCCGCUGGCGCCACGGCCACGACCGUGCCCACAGCCGAACACACAGCCGAACACACAGCCGAACACACAGCCGCCCUCUGUCAACCAGCUGGAGCUGGAGUGGGAUGAUAGUUAUGAUGCGUGCCCGGUGCAGACUGCAGAGAUUCUAGUGGAGAGUAAACCUCCUCACCUGCCUCCUGCUGAGCCCCCACAGCACAUCCAGGAGAUGAGAAAAACAGCCAUCAUGCUGGUUAAAGGCUCAUACAUUGAGGAAAAUGAGUUCCAGGAUGAUGUCAUGGUGUAUGAUCUUGUCGCCAAGAAAGACACUCGUGAUGCCGAGCGCGGUAAGCACAAACCCAACAGGUCAGAAUCAGAAGAAGCCCAAGCAGGCUCAGCAGAAGUUCCCCCCUUAAAAAAUGGACUAAGUAUAACACUUCCACCUGCUGUGAUGGCGGAUAACGGCAAUAAUAGCGUGGACACAAAAGCAAAAGUCCAAACAGAUUGUAAUUCAAACCUCCAAAACACGACUGCUGCUGCUGAGUUGGGUGACGACCUUUUAGCUCAGUAUGAGGAGCUCAUUCGUACGUUGGACACACAAGCAGAUGGAAAACCGGUUAAAGCUGAUGCAGAACUGAAGAAGCCUGUCGCACCUGUGUUGGAGGAGGGUGAAGAGGAGGAGAUAGAUUUCACCGCCUUCUCCGCUGAAACACCAGAGCCAGAGAAACUGCAAUCACCGUUCGGGACCAAGUUUCGUAGCGGAAGUAUGAGUAGAAGCCCAUCAGUGCCUUUUACAGGUCCAUUUGUCAGUGUGCUGCUGUCUCGACUGGAGAACAUGCUCUCUAACUCACUUUAUGUCAACCUGUUGUUGACGGGCAUCCUGGCUCAGCUGGCGGCCUACCCUCAGCCUCUCCUGCGCUCUUUCCUCCUUAACACCAACUUGGUUUUUCAGCCGACUGUUCGCUCCCUGUACCAGGUACUAGCCACCGUGAAGAACCAGAUAGAAGAGCUGGCCGCCACCAGAAAGGACUUUCCAGAGAUGAUCACUACCGCCCAGCAUUGGCUGCUGGCCAGAGAGACGUCGUUCAUGGCAGCAGUUGUGUAAAGUGUUGAGCAGCUGAGGAGGAGGUCCAAACUUUGAGCUGGAAAAUCUUGACCUGUUUUGGAGAAGCCUGCACCAGCUGAUAAUGUUCAUUAAGGUGAGCUCCAGGUCCACCAACCAAAGACUGUAGAGAGAGGAUCUUCACAAAAACCAGCAUCUUUUUUUUCCAAUCAAUCAUCAGCCCUUCUCUGAACUGCCCUUGUUCUGAAUGUCUUCUACAAUCACAGUCGUAUGUCUGCUGCUCAGUGUGGUUUUGUCACCUCUCUGGAGCGUUGCUGCCUCUCUGUCAUAGGAUUACACACCUCUGAAUUAGCAGCAUGACGAUGUUAAUUUGAUUGUCUCUGUUGUAGCCAACUGGCGCCAUCACAGAAACACAUCCUUACUUUGUUCUCUGUUACACGACUUCAUCUUUUAGUAAAACAGGAUGGUCACUUUUGUCUGUGGUGGUGUUUCCACAGUCGUUGCGUUAGAUGUACAUUUGUUUUGGUGUUUUGUUUUUUUUUUCAGUUGAUUCAUCAUGAUGGUACCUCAGGAGUCUUUUAAUGCACCUUCGGUUCUCUCAGUUCUUAAAAAGCCUUUGGGUGAAGCGGCUUACCCAUGAUGCACUAGUCUCUCACAUUAAUGGGCUCCACCUUCUCCACACCACAGCACCAAAACCGAGAUUGUUCUUGCGAUAUUUAAUUUGCCUUACUUUAGCGAUGCUUUAUAAUGUAUAUAUUGUAAGAAAACACUAUGCAAAUCAAGGAUAUUGUAGGCAUAAUUAAGUUUGGGAUAUUUUCAAAAUGGGAUGGGGUAUUUAAGAUUUUUGAAAGUUUCUAUUGCCAUAUUUUUUUUCAACAAGGCUUCUUAGUUAUGGUUUAAAAUCACUUUCUUCUAUGUAGGGAUUGUGUAGGGUGUUGUUUCUAGCUGUGAUGAGUCUGAUAUAUCACUGUUGGGAGAGUCUUAGUUUUGCAUCUGUUGAAAACCAUCUCAGACCAGAACGGUUACCGAGGGGAACCUCUUGCAAAUUGCCUUUAAGUCCAUGUGGUUAUUAAAAUGGGACAAAUACAAGAGAUAUAUUUUGUUACAAAGCCUGCCUCUAUUAAAUGAUUGAUCAUUGAUGAUUACAUUUUUUAUUGACAGAAAUGGUUUUUAAUUAGUGCCUAAAUUAUGAUUUUAGUUCACAUUAUUGCCUGAUUUCAAAUGGAUUUACAGAGGACUAAUGCAAUAUUUUAUAGUGAAAUGAUUUUACUUGAAGCUGUCUAUUGACAAAGUGUAAAUGAAAGGCCUUAGGGACUGAAGAUGUGCACCAUACAGUGUAUUGUUUUGAUAUGAUUUGCUUUUGACUGACAAAACUCAGUUUCUAGAAGCAAAAGAAAUGAAUCACCGUCCCUGUCCAUCCACAACUCAAUGUAACAAUGCAGAUAAUAUAAUGUGGACAUUUAAAGAAAAAAAAAUUAAAUAAUCAAUUUCUUAAGAGAAUUUGUUGCAUGUCCUUUAGUAAAUGCUAUAAUCUAGAUAGAAAAAUAUGACACAGAUGAUUAUUGAAGAACUGAUUAUUCAGAAUUCAUUCUCGUAAUUUUCUUUCAGAUUCAGACCGAGAUUAUUGAUUGCUUUGAAUAGAUUUAACAAAAUGUAACACAAACAAAUAGCAGAAAAAAGUAUCAGUAGUUUUGUGAUUUACACUGAGUUGAUCAAUGUCAUCAUCUCAUGAAUUCAUCUUAUUUGAUCAAGAAUUAUUUUAAAGUUUAGUUUUAAAUCUGAAUUGUGUCAUUUUGUUCCUAUUUAAACCCAUUCAGUUUCCUCUUGAUGCUAUGCAGGCAGUGAAUUAUGCAGUAGGAUCUUUCUAUGAUAACUAUUUGUUUUUUUUGUUUUUUUACUAAAAUGGCUUGAAAGCGUAUAUUUCUACCAGUCAAAGCCAUUUUCAGAACUGUUGAACAAGUCUUUCUCUGUGGUAAAUGAAUGUUGCAGAGCACUUUAUCAGCCUUUGAGUAUGGUGUCAGUCUGCACCGCUGACACCUGCCCUUCAACCAGCACAGGUUCAGUCUGUGUAACACACUCAGCACAGCAUAACAAUCACUGUUUUAGCAGCAUUGUCGCAUGAAAGCGGGUAUUAUAGCUAAGGUUAUAGACCAGUUUCUGUCUCUGUAGGUUCCAAAGAUUAAUCCUCAUUGAUACUGUUUGGCCUCAGUUUUGUGUCAGCGGUUACGCUCGGGUUGCUGUUUGUUGCUGAUGUCUGACAUGCAAAGGCAUGCCUCUUUCAAUAAAGACAA